GUCAAUCCAUGGAUGUCAUGUCAUGCUGUUUGGUCAGGAAGCUCCGUCAAUCUCGACCACGCCCUUUGACGUUGCCCAUUGCCAAAGUCAAAAGUCCAAUCAUCGCCAAAACGGCGCAAGCCAUCCGAGGAGACAGCAAAGUUGAAGCAACGCAGGCCGUUGACACGUCAUCCUAUCCCACCUGCACGCAAGCCCCCAUCGACGCGUCCGGACACGCCGUAGUGGAGGGUCGCCUGCAGGACAGACUAGGCCGAGCCCUUCUCCGCGGCAGACCUCAUCUCGCGCUGGAGACAUCCGACCAGAGAGCCUGGAACGCUCCGGCCGCCACGGGUGCUUCGGCGAGCGCCUACGUCCGUAAUCCUGCUGCUGUCAGCCGCUUGAAACUGCAAUGUCGGACCCGUCCAGGCCGGUAAAUAUCGUCUUUGUGGGCGCUGGCGCCGUGGGCUGCUUCUACGCCUCGAGGCUGCAUCACCCGGACCACAACGUCAAUGUCUCACUUACCGCACGGUCCAAUUAUGCCGUGCUGGCCCGCUCGGGCGUGAAGAUGCUCACGCACUCGUUUGGCGACUACACCUUUGUGCCUGCCGCCGUCUAUCCCUCCGUCACGGCGGCCUCGACCAAGUCGCCGUCCCCCGCAGCAUCUACGGCGUCACCGCCGCCUGCCGAGGGCUGGGACUAUGUCAUCGUGACGACCAAGGCGCUGCCGGAUCGCGUGGACGACGCCGCCACCAUCGCGCCGCUCGUGACCGAGGGUAAGACCUGCAUUGUGCUGAUCCAGAAUGGUGUCGGCGUCGAAGAUCCGUAUCGCGUCCGCUUCCCGUCCAACCCCAUCAUCAGCGCCGUGACCGUCGUCAGCGCAGCCCUGGUGGACCCGGGCACGGUGCGCCAGCACCGGUGGACGAGGCUCUACCUGGGCCCCUACGUCAACUCGGCCGCCUCGUCGUCGUCCUCCUCCUCCUCGGGCGGCGGGGAGCCCGCGGCGGCGGCCAAGCUCGACGCCGCGUCGCUCGAGUCGCGCGGGUCGGCCUGCGUGCGCGAGCUGGCCGACUGGUGGACGCGGCUGGGCCGGAUCCGGGACGUCGAGUCCUUCGCGGGCGACGAGACGGGCCUGCAGGUGGUGCGGUGGCACAAGCUCGUCAUCAACGCCGCCUUCAACCCCUCGGCCGUGCUGAGCGGCGGGCGCGGCAACGCCGACAGCGCCCUCGACCCGGAGCUGCGCCGCCACCUGCGCGGCGUCAUGGACGAGAUCUUCGCCGCCGCCCCGGCCGUGCUCGGCCGCCCCUUCCCGCCCGAGCUCGCGACGCCCGACAAGAUCCUGACCAGCAACGAGCGCAACAAGGGCUCCAAGCCCAGCAUGCUGCUCGACUGGGAGGCCGGCCGGCCGCUCGAGCUCGAGGUCAUCGUCGGGAACCCCGUGCGCAUCGCCCGCGCCAAGGGUAUCGAGAUGCCGCGGCUGCAGAGCGUCUACGCGCUGCUGCGGAGCAUGCAGGAGCUUAGGGACCAGGAGCGGGAGCGGGAAGCGCAAAAGAAGAAGGUGAACGGCGGCCUGUGGGCGGGCAAACUGUAAGAAGCGCCCCAGAGUGAAUCUAGCUAGAUAUGUAUAUAAGGAAUUGUGUUGGCAUGUUUAUCGCCUGCUAAAGAAUUUAUUUAUUUACCUG